GUAGUAGCUAACGCCAAGACCCAUGCUCGAGAGUAGCAAGCGCGCAGCAAUCCUGUAACUUCUUCACCACCGCCCGGACACAGACUGUUAUGAACAUCAUAGAAACUCUAUUUGGAAGGACGGUCACGCCCGCCGAGCGAUUGCGACAGCAUCAGCGUGCAUUGAACAAAGCACAACGAGAGCUUGACCGCGAACGGUCAAAGCUCGAGCAGAGCGAGAAGAAACUUGUAGCAGACAUUAAGAGGAGUGCCAAAGCUGGCCAAAUGAACGCAUGUAAAGUGAUGGCGAAGGACCUCGUUCGCACUCGGCGCUAUGUCCAGAAGUUUUACCAAAUGAGGACGCAACUACAAGCCGUUGGACUGAGGAUACAGACUCUAAGAAGUAAUCAACAAAUGGCAGAUGCCAUGCGCGGAGCCACGAGGGCCAUGGCAUCGAUGAACAGGGGAUUGAAUCUCCCAGCUAUCCAGAAGAUCAUGAAUGAGUUUGAAAAGGAGAGCUCGAUGAUGGAUAUGAAGGAAGAAAUGAUGUCAGAUGCUGUGGACGAUGUCAUGGAGGAUGAUGCUGAAGAUGAAGAGGAAGAAGGUGAUAAGAUAUUACGAGAGGUUCUUGACGAAAUAGGUGUCAACCUUUCUCAGCAGCUCACGGACGCACCUACUGGUCUCGGUUCAAUAUCGUCACCACUGACGGAACGCAGACCUGUGGCACUGGGAGAAUCGAUUGGCGGAAGUGGCUCUCCCAAAGGCGACGACACGGCAGGGGGUGGCCCAUCGGAUGAAGAUAGCCUCCAAGCAAGACUAGAUGCUUUAAGACGAGGGUGAACUUCAACUCAUACAUCCCGCCCUUCACUUUCACACAUUCUCAUUGACUGCCUGGCUAUCUCAUCACGGAAUAUAUAUCUAUUUGCCCUACGUAUAGUGUUGCCGCCGCAGAGGCGAAUCGAAUUGAGGUGGUAAACUGA